AUGACAGACCACGAGGCCGCCGCGGGCGACCAGCACGAGGACCACCUCACGUCCCCCCAUUCACCACCCAACGCCGAAGCCGGCGAUGGCCCCAACGAUAGCACCCAGCAAAGCACAGAUUCCGAGCGUAAGGCGAAAGAAACUUUAAAGACACGGGACAUCAAGCAAACGCCAGGCCAAGGUGGCGGUGAGGAGGAAGAUAAACAGAGCCCCGACGGUGAAGAGGAGGAGGAAGAAGAGGACGGUAACGACGACGACGAUGACGACGACGACGACGACGAUGACGAUGAGGAGCCAUACCUCAAAUAUACCCAGCUCACAACUCAUCUUCGUGGUGUCUAUCGGAAUGGAGAUGCGACAAGCGCCUUCCUUGUCGCCGGCGACAAGAUGAUCAUCGGCACACAUAAUGGCAACAUCCACGUCAUCCAGAUACCCACGUUCCAGCCCAUCCGUGUCUACCAUGCGCAUUCGGCCUCGGUUACGGGCAUCUCGAUAUCGCCAUUUCCACCGCCCCUCCCCACCGAUAGGCCUGAGCCCACGCAAGCAGCCAGACCAGCCUCACGACAAGCCGAAGCCCCUGCAGCCGCGCCCCGAAAGCCUCGCGAACAGCAGACAGUCCCUAAGACGCCGUCUAACGACAUCUACAUUGCCACGUCAUCCAUGGACGGAAACGUCUGUGUCCAGUCCUUGGUCGAUCCGAGGGACGUACAGCUACGCAACUUUGCGCGCCCGCUGCAGGCCGUCGCCCUGUCGCCUGAGUACAAGAGUGACCGCACCUAUCUGUCCGGCGGUCUGGAUGGGCAAUUAAUCCUGACUAUCGGCGGAGGUAUCGGCCGCAGCACAUCGACAACCACCGGUGCGGCGGCCGCUGCCUCGGGAUGGCUUGGGAGUAUAGGCAUCGGGAGUAAUACGGGCAGGGAUACGAUCCAGCACUCGGGCGAGGGGACCAUCAGCACAAUCCAGUGGUCACUUUCCGGGAAGUAUGCGGUGUGGCUCAACGAGCACGGCUUCAAGAUCAUCAGGACGCACCUUCACCACGAUACGAACAAUAGCGAGGAUGCAUGGAAACGAAUUUGUCACAUUGACCGACCUGAUACGCCCGAGUGGGAGGCCAUGGCCAGCGUCUGGAAAGGUCGCGCAGAGUGGAUUGACGAGACGGCCUUUGGGACCCAGGACACAACGUCGCCUUCCACCACUGGCGUGUCAUCACCGGCUAUGGACAGUCUGCGCCAACGGGCUGCUUCGGCGCAAAAGGGGAUAGAGCGUCUCCUCGUGGGAUGGGGCGGUACUGUCUGGCUUGUGCAUGUAAACCCGCACUCCACGAGCCUGUCAAAGAAGACUGGUGGUAGGACACUUGGAGAAGCUUAUAUCGUCAAAAUGUUGAGACUGGAUUGCAUCAUCUCAGGAAUAUCGCUCUACACGCAGAGGCUGUUGGCCGUUCUUGCGUACUGCACCCAGGACGAAGAUGGCGAAGAUGAUGGGAGUGUGGGGUCCCCUAUCAAGGGCCACAAGUCGCAGCCGUCAGCGUCAUCAAUAGGCAGUCAGCCCUCCGGCGGUAUCCGGAGAAGCGAGAAUAGCCUGCGUCCCGAACUUCGUCUCAUUGACCUUGAAUCCGAAGAGGAGGCUAGCAUGGACAGCCUGACGGUGAGCCGUUAUGAGAUACUGUCUGCCAGAGAUUAUCACCUUGCUGUUCUCCCGCCGCAGAACGUGGCCGCAGCAGCAUCAUCAAAGGGCGUCUUUGAGGCCCUUGGCGGCAUCGGCAGCGAUGUGUGGAACGCGGCUAUUAACCCUAAAUCUCUAUUUAACUCGGGCGGUAGCAUCAGGAGCCGCGGCAGUGGCGAUGAUGCGUCAAGCAUCCAGGCAGGCAGUAUCGCCGGCAUCGUUCGAUCGGGUCUUGGCCAGGCAGCAGGUCCAGCGCAUGGGAACCUGGUCAAGCCUGGCGCCAAGAUCUUCAUUCACAGCCCGUUUGACUGCAUUCUAGGAACAAAGAGAGACCUUGCCGACCACCUGUCGUGGCUGGUGGAGCGCGAAGAAUACAGACAGGCAUGGGAGCUGCUGGACGAGCACCCCGAGAUCAUGGCGCCUGUCGACAGCAUAUCCCCUAACCUAAGCUCAGCGGCUGUCAUGAGGCACAAUCGAAGCACUAGUGACUUCAACGAUGACGAGUCUGUCGCCGAAUCGAGCUACGAAGCGUCAUCGACCCUACAAAAGGAGAAGCUCCGAAUAGGGGAGCUCUGGAUUCAGGAUCUAAUUGAGCAAAGCCAAUGGGCUGAGGCCGGCAGGAUCUGCGGCAAGGUAAUCACGACGCCAGAUCGGUGGGAGAAGUGGGUGUGGCGGUUUGCCGGUGCGCACCACUUUGAUGAGAUUACCGACUUCAUCCCCAGCGAGGCCAUGACGCCUCCCCUACCAACGACAAUAUACGAAGUGGUGCUCGGGCACUACGUCAAGGUUGAUAAGCCGCGUUUCAGAGAGCUGCUAGAUCGUUGGUCGACGGACUUGUUUGAUGUCAGGACCAUCACGACGGCGCUGGAGAAUCAGCUCCAGUACCGCGACGUGCGUGAGGAUAGCAUCGAGGAUGGCGAGAAGGGCCGAGACUGGCGGAUCGUCAUGGAGAGCCUGGCACGUCUGCAUGAGGCCAACGGGCGCCAUAGGGAGGCAUUGAAGUACUACAUCAAACUGCAGGACGCAGACUCAGCCUUCCGCCUUAUCCGAGACAGCCACCUGGCCGAGGCGGUUGCAGACGACAUCCCCGGCUUUAUCGGGCUGAGGGUAUCGAAUGAUCGGCUGGGAGACAUGACGGAGGCAGAGUUUGAAGAAGCGACCGCCGAGGCUAUUACUCUCCUCGUCGACGAGGCACAGCAUGGGCUCGUCCGCCCCUCUGUAGUGGUGGAGCAACUCAGUUCCCAGAACCUCAACCUGUACCUCUUCUUCUACCUGCGCGCUCUGUGGAAGGGCGAAGGCCUGAUGGAGCACAGCGGGGAAUUGAUGGACCGACUGGUCAUGGACAGCCAGAGCCUGGUCGACGAUUUUGCCGACUUGGCGGUACACCUGUUCGCCAUGUACGACCGUGCGCUUCUGAUGGAAUAUCUCAAGGCGUCGACGUCAUAUAUCUUAGAAAAGGCAGUGCAAGAGUGCGAGUCGUUUGCGUACUAUGACGAGCUCGUGUACCUAUACUCCAAGACGGGACAGAUGAAACGAGCACUGUACCUCAUUAUCGACCGGCUGCAGAAUGUGCACAAGGCCAUUGAAUUCGCCAAGGAGCAAGAUGACGAUGAUUUAUGGGAGGAUCUCUUGAAUUACAGCAUGGACAAGCCGCGCUUUAUCCGAGGAUUGCUAGAGCAGGCGGGCACAGCCAUCGACCCUAUCCGCCUCGUGCAGCGGAUCCCCGAGGGCCUCGAGAUUCAGGGGCUCAGGGAAGGCCUAGCGCACAUGAUGAAGGAGCACGAAAUACAGUACAGCAUCAGCUCUGGCGUGGCACGGGUGCUUCGAAGCGAGGUGGCAGCUGCGCAGAAUAGGCUACGUGGCCGGCAGCGCAAGGGCAUCAAGUUUGAAGUCGUACCACCAAAGGCAGAGGAACCGUCAGAGUCCGAGGGCAAACAACAGGAUCGGGAGGUAACAGCGAGCAACAAACAUGACGACGGCGACGACGACGAAGGAGAGGUCGGUCCCGCCGAAUCUACUACCCUCCCCUUCAACCUUGACAAAAACAGGAAGAAGAAGAAGACCCCCCAGCCAGGUCACUGCGCACAAUGCCACGAGCAGUUCACAGAGUACGAAAUGGAGGCUCUACUGGGAUACGCUUGCGGUCACGUAUAUCAUGUCAGUCACCUCAUGGAGCUUCUCCACCCUCACGAGGAGGUGGACGUCCAUCUCGGCUAUGGACGUAGCGGCGCGGCAGCUGGUGAGGAUGACGAUGAGCCAGGACGGUAUACGGUCGGUGUCAAGGUCAUGAGGGCGAGACUACUGAGGGACAAGGUCAAGGGGGGGUGUCCCCUUUGUCACGGGACUGAGCAUUAG